AUGACCGUACUUCGUGGCAGUCUGUGGGGGAGGCCUAUGUUCAGCAGUGGACUCAAACAGGCUGAAAUGAUGAUGAUGAUGAAUGACCGACAGUUAAGCUAUCCAAUUGUCGAAAAAUUUAGCAACGACCCACUCUUCGUUCCCGGUUAUAAGUGUUCCAUAAAACGCGACAUAGAGGAGCUGGUCAGGCGAACUUACAGGGGAGUACCUGACACAUACCUAAUCAUCGUCGACCAUUCGGCAUACACUUACGAAUCGGCGGACAAGCUCAGAAGCUACGAAAGAUCGGUCCUCUAUUCUUACUACAUCGGGAGAGCGCUGGGCAAGCUCCUGGCUAGAUUCAACAGAGUCGGAUAUCCGUCGAGGAGUUUCCAUUGCAUAGGGCACAGCUUAGGUGCGCACAUCCUCGGCUUCGCCGGCGAGAGCUACUUUGCCCAGACGUCAGAGAGGAUUUGGAGAAUCACAGGAUUGGACCCGGCCGGUCCGUGUUUCUCUAAUGCCGCGAGGGAUGUUCAGCUGCGGUCGGGAAACGCGGAGUACGUGGAGGUGUACCACUGCAACGCCGGCCAUUUAGGCACGACUAAUGUUAUAGGUGAUGUGGAUUUCUUCUUUAAUGACAGAGGAAAAAUCCAGCCCGACUGCCAAGAAGGCUUGAGUGACGAGGACCUAGCAAAGUGCUAUCACAAAGCCUGCGUUAAGUACUGGACAAAAAGCGUUCACCAGCCUCGCAUUUACGCAGCCGUGGCCUGUCCGUCGUAUGAGGCGCUCGUCGAUGGCGCCUGCGAUGGCAACUCCACCAUAGCAGGCCAUUCGAACCCCGGAGACGCUAAAGGAAUCUACUACGUUUCAACCACAUCCGAUUCCACGGCAGUU